UUUAACCGCACUAUGCAUGAUCUGUUGCGCACGCUCUCGGCUGAGCAGAAGAGCCAUUGGCCUGAGUAUCUCCCUCAGUUGGUGUUCAGCUACAACACCACAAUCCAUCAGUCAACGGGUGAGUCUCCGCAUUUCAUAAUGUUUGGUCAGGAGCCUCAACUACCUAUUGAUUUCCUUUUGGGCAGGGUACCAGAACCAGAAGGUGGCAGAGUGAGUGAGUGGGUGCAGGAACACCAGAGACGUCUAACCGUGGUCUUCCAUGGUGCUAAGGAAAGGUUGCAGGCGGCUGCCGCACGGAGGAAGGAACGGCAUGACCAAGGAGCCCAGAAUGUUCCAUUGGAGGUAGGACAGUUCGUCUAUCUUCGAGACCACGGAGUGAGAGGGCGCACCAAGAUCCAGGACGCCUGGAGCCCAAUCCUACAUCAAGUGGUUCGAGCCCCACCCCCUGGUGGUGUGGUAUACUCCGUAGCCCCCGUGCAUGACCUCAAUGGGAGUCGGCAAGUACACCGGGUGAUGCUAAAGCUUGCCCGCCAAAACCACCGCCCAGAGCCUCCCGAUGUACCCUUGGAGCCUAUGAUAGCAGCUGAUCAUGAGACUGAAGAUCACACCGGUCAGUGGGUCGUGGUGAGGGCACCCGGAGUCCAGACACAGCCUGCCCAUCUUGACCCAGUGGCCCCUCCCCCUGAACUGUCGGAUCCAUCUAGCCCCCUGGUGCAAGUCGACCCGUCUGCUCCGGCCCCAUUAACUCCUACAGCAGCUAGCCCUGAUCACGGCGCCCUAGCUCCACGGCGGACCUCCCGGACCACUGCUGGAAGACAUGGAAAUCUCCAUCGGCUCCCGGUAUCAGUGGUGAGUAGGACAGACGGGGCUACGAACCCCCAGGUACCUGGCUCUAGCAGUAAUAUGACAGCAGUUUUCAGACCCUGGUGUUAAUAGGACCCUGUUUUUAUUUGUUGUCCUAGAUCCAGUGCUUUAUUUUAUUUUUAUUUAUCUGCGGGACGCCGAUAAAGAAUGGGGGGGUAGAAUGUAACCGGCAGACUAACUGCUGUACCAAGUUUGUCCUCCUGUUCUCACCGUAGCUCCUCUCCUAUCGGUCACGCCCUCCAGUUAGCUUGCAGGUGGCUAUGUACUCAUUAGCGUCAAUGGCACUUUCUAUAAGACCGGCACCGGAGGUGGGCUAGUAAGUGAUCCCUAGGCUCCGUACGUCCUCCCUACACUGUGUUCGCUGUGCUGUCACCUAUGAAAGGUAUUUGGCUGUGUACCAGACGCU